GGCGGCCCGGGAGACACGCGCCGGCCUGACCCUAUGCGGUGACUCGCGCGGCGCAGGCGCCUCCUGCCCCGCCGGCGGGGCCCGGGCUCCCCGCGGCGGGAUGUUCUCCCGAAGGAGCCACGGGGAUGUGAAGAAGUCCACGCAGAAGGUGCUGGACCCCAAGAAGGACGUGCUGACCCGCCUGAAGCACCUGCGGGCGCUGCUGGAUAACGUGGAUGCAAGUGAUCUUAAGCAGUUUUUUGAGACCAACUAUUCUCAGAUAUAUUUCAUCUUCUAUGAAAAUUUUAUAACACUGGAAAAUAGUUUGAAAUUAAAAGGGAAUAAUAAGUCACAAAGGGAGGAGCUGGACUCCAUCCUCUUUCUUUUUGAAAAAAUACUGCAGUUUCUACCUGAACGAAUUUUCUUUCGAUGGCAUUACCAGAGUAUAGGCUCAACGUUAAAGAAGCUUCUACACACUGGAAAUUCUAUUAAGAUAAGAUGUGAAGGAAUCAGGCUGUUUCUCCUGUGGCUCCAAGCACUUCAGACAAACUGUGCAGAAGAGCAGGUGCUGAUCUUUGCUUGCCUGGUGCCCGGUUUCCCAGCCAUCAUGUCAUCCAGGGGCCCCUGUACACUGGAGACACUCAUCAAUCCCGGCCCCAGCGCAGCUGACGCAAAGAUAUAUCCAGAAGAAAUCACGCCACUCCUGCCAGCCAUAUCAGGGGAAAAGAUCACUGAGGACCAAACAUGCUUUUUUCUUCAAAUACUGUUGAAAUAUAUGGUUACUCAGGCCGCAAGCUUGGAGUGGAAGCACAAGGAGAAUCAAGAGACUGGUUUUAAAUUUCUUUUUACAUUGUUUAGAAAGUAUUACCUUCCUCAUUUGUUUCCAUCAUUUACCAAGUUAACGAACAUCUACAAGCCUGUGCUUGACAUCCCCCACUUGAGACCAAAGCCCGUGUAUGUUGCUACAACUCGAGACAGUGGGAACACUUACAGCACAAAAACCCCAUACAUGGCAGCUCGCGUUGUUUUUAUUAAGUGGAUCGUGACUUUCUUUUUGGAAAAAAAGUAUCUAACUGCAACACAAAACGCUAAGAAUGGAGUUGAUGUAUUGCCCAAAAUCAUUCAGACCGUCGGGGGUGGAGGUGCGGUGCCGGAGCGGGCGCCAGAGCUGGACAGCGGCGGGGCGACCGAGCAGGACAGAAGCCACUCGGACAGCGGCACCUUGUCCGAGCGCCGGCUCAGCAGCUGCAGCGUCUGUGGCGUUGAGGAGGAGCACCGCGCCGUGUACGAGAUGGUCCAGCGCAUCCUCCUGUCCACGCGUGGCUACAUCAACUUCGUGAACGAAGUGUUCCGCCAGGCAUUUUUGCUGCCUUCCUGUGACAUAGCUGUAACCAGAAAAGUAGUUCAAGUGUACAGAAACUGGAUCCUCCAGGACAAACCUGUGUUCAUGGAGGAACCAGACAUAAAAGAAGUUGCCCAAGAAGAUGCUGAAAAAUUAGAAUUUUCAGAGACUGAUAAGAAGCAGACCUCAUCUGAAAGUUCUGGUCACAAGCGAUCUUCCAGUUGGGGACGAACUUAUUCCUUCACGAGUGCUGUGAGCAGAGGGUGUGUGACCGAAGAGGAGAAUAAAAACGUGAAGGCUGGGGCCCAGGCUAUGCUGCAGGUAUUUUUGACAAACGCUGCAAACGUCUUCUUGCUGGAACCGUGUGUGGAAGUUCCCAUGCUCUUGAAGGAGCAAGUUGAUGCGUGUAAAGCUGUUCUGAUGUUUUUUAGGCGCAUGAUAAUGGAGCUUACAAUGAAUAAGAAGACAUGGGAACAGAUGUUGCAAAUACUACUCAGGAUAACAGAAGCUGUCAUGCAGAAGCCAAAGGAUAAACAAAUAAAGGACUUGUUUGCCCAGAGCUUGGCAGGGUUACUGUUUAGGACGCUCAUGGUGGCCUGGAUCCGCGCAAACCUCUGCGUGUACAUCUCUCGGGAGCUCUGGGACGACUUCCUUGGGGUGCUGUCCUCCCUCACAGACUGGGAAGAACUCAUCUACGAGUGGGCCAGCAUCAUGGACUCCUUGACGGUGGUGCUUGCCAGGACCGUGUACGGAGUUGAGAUGACAAACCUACCUCUGGACAAAUUAAGUGAACAGAAGGAGAAGAAGCAGCGAGGCAAAGGCUGUGUUCCAGAUUCUCAGAAAGGAACCACCGUGGGGAGAUCCUUUUCUCUGAGCUGGCGGAGCCACCCCGAUGUGGCCGAGCCCAUGAGAUUUAGGAGUGCCACCACAUCCGGGGCGCCGGGAGUCGAGAAAGCGAGAAACAUCGUCCGCCAGAAAGCAACCGCUAAGCGAAGCCAGUCUGUCAGCAGCUGUGCCCACCUCUCUGAGGCUUUGCCCGCCACUAAAAGCGUCCCGCUUCUCCUCCACACCGUGAGCGCUCUCUUCCCUGGUCUAUCUUACACCUCUUGCUCUCACAGGCUGUCAGAAGUGGAAGAAUGCCCGCAGCCGGAAAAUGCAGCUGCAGCCGAAUCCGGCCCCCUGGCAGCAGCCGAGCAGCAGCCAAUGGUUCGGAGCAGCAGCAGCCCUGACGUCACGGAGCCACUGUGCUCAGAGGCCCCUCCGGGUCAAAAGGUAGAAAAUGCACAGAAUGCGAGUUCUUCAGAGCCCAGGCCUGUUCAGGAGAACAAAGGACAUGAGAAGAAAGAACAUGAAGGAAUAACAAUCUCAGUACGAAGAAGCAGCAGCCCCGCUGAAUUGGAUUUGAAAGAUGAUUUGCAGCAGACGCAAGGGAGAUACAGGGGGAGACAGAAGAGUGACAGUGUCAGCAGUGACCCUGCUCUGGGCUGCAACACCGAGGCAGAGCUGUCCCUGAGCCCGUGGCAGAUCUGCGAGGAAGACCCGGAACUGAGCACGCCCACGGAUGCUGUGACUGACUCCGAUGCCCGCCACUGGUUACAACUCAGUCCCACGGAUGCUUCCAACCUCACAGAUAGCAGCGAAUGCCUUGCUGAUGACUGUAGUAUAAUCGCUGGGGGGACCCUCACGGGUUGGCACCCAGACUCGGCCGCCGUGUUAUGGCGAAGAAUCUUGGGAAUCCUCGGAGACGUGAAUAAUAUCCAGUCACCCAAGAUCCAUGCCAGAGUGUUUGGCUAUCUCUAUGAACUCUGGUACAAGCUAGCGAAGAUACGGGAUAACCUAGCAAUAAGCCUGGAUAACCAGUCUUCUCCGUCUCCUCCCGCCUUGAUCCCACCCCUCAGAAUGUUUGCAUCAUGGCUAUUUAAGGCGACAACGCUGCCCGAUGCAUAUAAGGAAGGCAAACUCCAAGCCUACAAGCUGAUCUGCGCCAUGAUGACCCGACGCCAGGACGUGCUGCCCAACUCGGACUUCCUGGUGCAUUUUUACCUCGUCAUGCACCUGGGACUAACCAGCGAGGACCAGGAUAUUUUAAAUACCAUUGUAAGGCACUGCCCACCCCGCUUUUUCUCCCUGGGUUUGCCCGGCUUCUCCAUGCUGGUGGGGGACUUCAUCACGGCCGCCGUCAGGGUCCUCAGUGCAGACACGCUGGCGGCCCCUCGUUUGGAAGCUCUCACCAUUCUCGGGUCUCUGGUCUGCUUUCCCAACACGUACCGCGAGAUCCCUCUGUGGCAGCCGGUGCCCGAAGUUACUGAAGUCACCAGGGGAACGGAAGAUGUCAAGCACUACCUCAUAAGUAUUUUACUGAAGAAUGCCACAGAGGAACCAAAUGAGAGUGCAAGGUGCAUUGCCAUUUGCUCCCUGGGCGUCUGGAUCUGUGAAGAGCUUGCACAGGGCACGAACCAUCCUCAGCUGAGAGAGGCCGUCAACGUGAUAGGCGUCACUUUGAAGUUUCCUAACAAAAUCGUGGCCCAGGUAGCUUGUGAUGUGCUUCAGUUGCUGGUUUCCUACUGGGAAAAGCUUCAGAUGUUUGAAACCUCUCUGCCUCGGAAAAUUGCAGAAAUCCUCGUGGCCACGAUUGCUUUUCUUUUACCAAGUGCAGAGCACUCCUCAGUGGAAGCAGACAAGAAGUUCCUCGUGUCCCUGCUGCUCUGCCUCCUGGACUGGUGCAUGGCGCUGCCGGCGGGCACCCUCCUCCACCCCGUGUCCACGGCGGCCCUGGACGAGCAGCCCGCGGCCCGGACCCCCUUGCUGGAUUACAUCUACAGGGUUCUGCACUGCUGUGUUUGCGGCUCAAGCACUUACACCCAGCAGAGCCGCUACACCCUGACCCUGGCUGACCUGUCAUCCGCGGAUUACGACCCCUUCCUCCCACUGGCAAACGUGAAGAAUUCUGAGCCGGUCCAAUUUCAUUCAUCAGCAGAACUGGGCAACCUGCUUACUGUCGAAGAGGAGAGGAGGCGAAGGAGCGUGGAGCUGAUCCCGCUGACUGCGCGCAUGGUGAUGGCACACCUGGUGAACCACCUGGGACACUUCCCCCUGCACGGGGGCCCCGCCGUGCUGCACAGCUUGGUCAGUGAGCACCACGACAACACACAUGCCGACGCUGCCGAGCUCUCCCCCGACGUGUUCAGGAGCCCGAACCUGCAAUUGUUUGUGUUCAACGAUAGCACCCUCAUCUCCUACCUGCAGACACCCGCGGCGGGUCCUCCCGGCGGGUCGCCAGAGGGCGCCCCCUCGGACGUGAGAGUGAUCGUGAGGGACAUCUCGGGGAAGUACUCCUGGGACGGGAAGGUGCUCUAUGGACCUCUGGAAGGCUGCUUAGCCCCAAAGGGCAGAAGUCCCUCGUUCCUGAUCUCGGACUGGCAUCACCAAACACCUGGACCUCAGAGGGAUCUUUCUCAGACUGAGGACGGGGAGGACGUCCUCAACAAAUUACUUGAAAACAUUGGCCACACAAGUCCCGAAUGCCUUUUACCGUCACAGCUCCAUCUCAACGAGCCUUCCCCACCCCCGUGUGGAAUGAACCGUGCCCAAGAGAAGGAAAUCACCGAGAUCCUCCUGCGCCAGAGCGCACAGGAAGAUGAGUAUGUCCAGAGGUGCGACUUGGACGUGGCCAUGAAGGUUGCCAGCCAGGAGCCGCCAUCACCGGUGGAGCCCCGGGGAGCCUUUUACUUCUGCAGGUUGCUGCUCGAUGACUUGGGAAUGAAUUCUUGGGACAGAAGGAAGAAUUUCCAUCUGUUGAAGAAAAAUUCAAAAUUAUUGAGAGAGCUAAAAAAUCUGGACUCCCGACAGUGCCGUGAAACGCACAAAAUCGCCGUGUUUUACGUUGCUGACGGCCAAGAAGACAAGUGCUCGAUCCUUUCCAAUGAAAGAGGAAGCCGAGCGUACGAAGACUUUGUUGCUGGACUGGGAUGGGAGGUGGACCUCUCAACCCACUGCGGGUUCAUGGGCGGACUUCAACGCAACGGCAGCACAGGCCAGACUGCCCCCUACUACGCUACCUCGACCGUGGAAGUGAUUUUCCACGUUUCAACUCGGAUGCCAUCAGACUCAGAUGAUUCGCUCACCAAAAAGCUCCGUCACUUGGGGAAUGACGAGGUCCACAUCAUCUGGUCUGAACACUCCCGGGACUACCGCAGGGGGAUCAUCCCCACCGCCUUCGGAGACGUUUCAAUCAUCAUCUACCCCAUGAAGAAUCACAUGUUCUUUAUCGCGAUAACGAAGAAACCCGAGGUUCCAUUUUUUGGGCCCCUGUUUGAUGGAGCAAUCGUGAGUGGGCAGCUCCUGCCAAGCCUUAUCUGUGCCACUUGCAUCAACGCCAGCAGGGCCGUGAAGUGCCUCAUCCCCCUCUACCAGAGCUUCUACGAGGAGAGAGCUCUGUAUCUCGAAGCAGUAAUCCAGAACCAUCGCGAAGUCAUGACGUUUGAGGAUUUCACAGCCCAGGUCUUCUCCCCGUCUUCCAGCUACUCCGUCAGCGGAACUGAUACGUAAAGGCCUCGGCGCGGUAUUUGUACAAGGGCCCUGGCCGCCAGGCUGAGCCUCCUACACGGUGCCUCUCGGGGAGUGUGAGACGGCUGAGAGUCCCCCACUUCCCACCCGAAUCCCCAAACCCAGACUCCGGGAACAUCGCUGCCCUGCUGGUGCCCUCAGCCGGUCUCCCCAUUCACCGUCUUCUGAAGUUGAAGAGGAAUCCCACCGAAAUGCUGUGGAUCGGACUUUCAAACUAGGCGGUGGCAUCUCAGGAACCCUGGGCUUCGAAAGAAGAAAAGAAAAAGUCGCCAACAACCGGAGACUCGCCCACUGUCACGCGGUGCCGGUGGGGCUGCCCUAGCAGAGGAAAAAGGAGAAGGUUCCGGGCUUUCCGGGAGGGCGGGGGGCAGCUGACUCUGUCUGCCGGUCGUUUAUAAACCCAUCAUGUCUCACCGAGGGGCCGGUUGUUGGAGGAAUGUUCCCUGCCUUGAUUUUGCUCAUUCUUCUUCUGUUAGGAUUUAUGGUUAGUCCAGAAUUUCAUCAUCAUGGAAAUUGGCUUUCCCUAGAGUCUCGAGCCCGGGAGAAGUUUUAUCUCCGUUGCUGUGUGUAUUCCACCUGGUUCCUGAUGCCCGCUAACUGGGGAGAGGUUUCCUGCCCCUGGCCCUGCUGGAGGCCCUCCAGGUGAUGAUGAUGAAGCUUCUAUCACAGAGCGCUCAGGUGAUUCUAGAAACACAGGGUCCUGUCCCCGCAAAGCUCCCUUCCAGGCACCUCCGAAGGCUUUGCCCUGUGGUGCCCAGCCGGCAGGGGCCUCACACACGUUUCCUGACACACAGAGCUUUAGGGUGACAGAUCCCGAGCGGAGGGUGUGUGAUCCCUACUUUGUACCCAUUUGCCUCCCCAAGGAAGGCCUGUUGCAUCUUUUUUAAAAAAAAAAAAAAAGAAAGAAAGAAAGAAAGCCCCACCUUCCGUCUGGGGUCGGUGUGUUGGGUGCAGGCCCUCUGCUUGUCAUCUAGGCCCUCGGACCAUCUGCGGAGUAAGCCCAGGGCUCAACAGGGGAGCCGCCAGCUAAGGGCUUGGAAAGGUCUCCGUGCAGGUGCUUCCCCACCUCUCCACUCUUGCCCUCACCUGUGCACACCCCCAGCCUACCUUGGCCACCUUCCCGCUGAGCCCACUCUCCCGCAGAGCUGCCGUUUCCCCUGACCACCCAGGUCCAGGUGGCUGGGCUGGUACCCGACGUUGGCAGGAGAGGUGGGCAGACCCGGGAGCCAGCCUUGGUGUGGGGACAGUGGAGAAAGGCUUUCCUGGAAGGAGGGGACUUCUAAUUCUCAAGGGAGCGUGUUCUUCUGUUUUACAGAGGAUUGCAGGUAGGACUUGAGGCCAGGCCCACAGAAAGGGGGAGCUCGAGCACCGCUGGGACCCGAGAGAACCAGGUUCAUUCCAAACAGAGGCCGUGCUCUGGGCCGGCCUGUAAACGGGGCCGAUUUGUUGCUUUAUUGGGGACUUAGUGGCAACAUAAAGGGUGACCGGAAGUGACAGCCUUUUCUGCUGUGUUAGCAGCUGUCACGAUUCUUAUCUUCCUGGGCACCCCCUCCCCGACCUUAAGUGAUGUGGGCUGUCUGCUUGGUGUGCUUUGGCCCACGUGGCUCUGGACUCAGCACGCUCGCCGCUGCUCCGUGGUACCUCAUUCCUGCGGGAAGGGCAUCCCAUGCUCCUGGGCUCCCGAGUACCACGGAAGCUCUAGCUUCUGGGAGAAUGUGUCACCUUCAGGCUCUAGAAUAACCCUGUUGCAGAAUUCUUGGAUUUAGUCAGUGUCAGGAUUCAGAAUCGUAUUGAACCCCCCCCCGGACUCUUGCACCGUGAUUCCACUUCAUCUCCAGGAACCAGUCCUGACCUGGAGUGGGAAAUCCGGUUGUAGGUAGCAAAUAGGUAGACCUUCCUAUAAUCCCUCAUGAUCUUUGGCAGCCCCGUGGCCCUAGAGGACAGCCAGAAGUUCUAUGGCUCUUAGCAGUAACAGCUUUGGUUUGGAGAUUUGGAACCGGGAGACAGGAACCCUAGCGACCAGUUUUGCUUGCACUCACAUGCACUUGAAUCGUUCAUGUUAUUUGGGGUGGAAAAUUGAAAUGAUCAAGUUUUUUUUUUUUUUUUUCACUUAGAAAAGCAAAUAUCGAGCUUCUGUAAUAAAUGCCUUUCAGCAAAAUUGCCGAGGAUCACUCAUCCGGUGGGGACCCCACCGGAGUCACAGUGCUGACUCGUCACUUCAGUAGGUCAGCCAUCUGUAAACAGAAGUGGCCCUAAGCGGCCCAAAAUAGAUAAGACUUGCUGGCUUCCAGGCAGGGCCAGGCCAGUCCCCUCACUUCUCUGCACGCUGAUUUCCAUCUGAAGCAAAGAUGUUGUUCUAUAGUCUCACUGAGUAGGUUUUUGUCCUUAAAAAAAUAGUAAUUCCACAAAAUGAGGACAUUUGAAGUGGUAAAACCUUAAGUAGACAGACAGCAGUGGGGACGUGUAGCUCGGGUAAGCGACUGUCACAGCGUCUUCCUGCGGUUACGGCUGCAGUUCCCGACGGCCGCUGGGAAGGAGGGGGUUUCAGCCUGACUCUAUGAGCGAGGCCGGCUUAUGGGACCUUAGCCUUACCAACAAGAUCCUGUGGCUCGGCAGACAAUGCAAAUCACGUCUUCCCGACCUUCCUCAGGUGUGACCACUUCGUUCACUGUCCUAUCUGUAUCAUCUGGAGGUCUGAAGGACGCUUUCAUGUUUACUGUGAUGUCGUAGAUGUAACUGUGCUACCUUCAUAGCUACUGAAGGGGAAUGUCCACAUCCGAAGGGAAAUUCAGCA